AUGGAGAUCAAAUUGUUGUUGGAGUUGGAGAACUCCACCUUGUUUGAAAGACUUGCAGGAAAACUUCAUGGCUUGAUCACCAACAAGCACAACUAUCUUGACAUGUCCAUGGAGGAGGGCUUCCUGUUGCUAUUGGAUAAGAAACUUGCUAAGAAAAUAUGGCGUUUUGGACCUGCGACUAUGAGGCCUAAUAUGGUGCUUAUGUGUAAGAAGGUGCAUUGGCUGAAGAAAACAUUAUGGCUAUCUGCUUUGAAGUCUGAUGUUGUUCUCCAUGUUGAUGUUAUCCAUAGAGUUGAGAUACAGGCAUCCAAGUUGGCACUUAGUGGCACCUACUAUGUUCAUAACCAGGAACAUGGAUGCAUCUUUGAGAAAAUGCGGUGGCCUGAUAUCCCAUUUUACAACAUUAAGGAAUACCUUCGUCAGCAACUCCUUUGUGUUCUCAAGCACACCAAGGCCUGCUGCAAUCGGUGCAGGCUUCCUCCACUAUGUUUAUGUAUUCUUGUUGAUCUGUCUAGUUUCCUAGCUUUAAGGUUAGUAGUGGUGAUCGUCCGCGUAUCGGGAGUGGAUAACGUGGUUGAGAUAAAUUAUGGAUAUGGGUUUACGACUUCGAGUACCUGGUCUAAACUGUCUCAAAGUUUUGCUAACGAUCGUCUAAGAACCGAUCUGGGUUAA